AUGAUCGUGUACAUAGGGUAUCAUAUUGCCCCAUCACCACUUCUCAAUAUUCUCAUUGAUUUUUUCACAAAGCCGUACUAUGUAAGUUUAUUCUUUUUCGAAAAGCUACCGCACCCUUCUGAAUGCCUUAAGAUUUUGUGAAAGAUUUUUUCAGCUUAACUUUGACCUUAACUGUUUAAAGUUUUUUUUUUCUAAUUUUUAAUUCUGUAGGAUCUAUGUUUCAAGACUCGAGAUGUCAGAAAUUCCUGUUUCAUAUGGAUACUCUCGUUUUCAAAUUCUGUUUAACUUAUUUGUAAAUUCAGAAAUAUUUCCCACUCCUUCGAGUCAUAAUGAAUGCUACAUUGUUAAAAAAAACCACCAAGUCAUAAUUUUUCAAUAUGCAAAAAAACAUUACUCCAAGUUGAAUAAUUAAAUCAAAAUACGGAAAAAAAUUCCACAUUUCAAAUCUUCCUUCAGGUUGCUUUUGCCGUCAAGAUGACUUUUGGUGGUAUCCACAAUUUGUGGAUACUUACUUAUUUUGUGGAGUAUCAAAAAGAAAAACGUCCAUGUCUUCAAUAUCUACUACUCGAAGUCAUAGAAGUAUUGUUUUGCAAGCUCUACCGAUAUCGAUUUAUUCUUUUUGUAAGUCCAAAAACAACCAAAGAAUAUCCAAAACGGAAUAAAACGCCAGAUUUCAUCUUUCGACAGAUUUUUUUCCUAUUCUUAAAAAUAUAACGAUGUGUCACUUUUUUUGUUCUUGGCUUCAUUCUGUUUAUUUCCUGCUUCCUUAUGUCAGGUUCUGUGUUUUUUUAUUAUUCUAAACUAUUUGAAUUUCAGGUUACGUCGUACCUUUCUCUUUCAUUAUCGGGAACUCGCGAAAGCGUAAGAUGUUUUUUUCUUUAAUGCGAUUGGAGUUUAUUUAUAAAUCCCAACAAAGGCCGCAAACGAUGUUAACGGCAAUAAAAAAAUAUUCAUGUGAAGGGCUCUGUUAUAAUAAACUGAUUCAUUUUUUGAAACGAGCUUGAAACAAAAAAAGGAAUCAAAUUUUAUUUACAAAACGACGAAUAAAAAGAUUUACUUGCGAGCCUCUAAAAAAACUGAUAACGCAUGUUUUUUUGGUAAAAAUAUCAAAAUUGGAGCUUUUUCCAAGGUUUUCGAUCCGCGCUAAUCUGCAUCUAUUGUUUACAACAGUUAAACUAAGCGUUGUAUGUUCUAAAAAGCCCUAGCUUUCAAAAAAGGUCACGAAACUGUUCGAAAAAUUUCUGAGAUUUUCAGGAAAUUUUUUUUCCUGCUGUGAUCUUGCAUCUCCUAAGAAGCAACAUAAACGCAAAAAGAAACGAAAACGAAACCUGCUCUUAAGAAUAUUAAGAAUUUUUGAAGAUUCAGUCGUUUUCAAGUUGGUCGCGUUCUCCGAGAUGGAGGUCAACUGGAUCACCCCAAAUUUGGCUAGGCGGCUAUUUUUUCCAUACUCACAAGACCCUAACACGUCGAUUAAGAAAAUAAAAAUCCACGGCAUCGGGGGUUCCUGA